CCCUAUAUUCAACUCGUCAACAAAAAAUGGCGUCCCCUGUGAAAAGUUCGCCGCGAGAUGCUCAAGUUAUGGGCGCAAUUUUGAAAGAAAUGGGUGUUACAGAAUAUGAACCUAGAGUUGUGAAUGUCAUGUUGGAGUUUGUUUAUCGUUAUGUCACGGAUGUGUUGGAGGAUGCGAAAGUUUACUGUAACCAUGCCAACAAGAAGAGUCUGGAUGCUGAGGACAUCAAGCUGGCCGUUCAAUGUCGAAUGGACCACUCUUUUACCAGUCCUCCCCCAAGAGACCUUUUAAUGGAAAUUUCAAAACACAAGAACAGUCAGGUGAUGCCCCUGAUCAAGCCUUACACAGGACUGCGUCUCCCACCGGACAGGUACUGUCUGUCCGCCCCCAACUACAGAAUGAGCAGCCACAAAGCUGUCAAAAAGCACCAAGCUAGGAUACAGAUAGGACUUCCUCAGUUUCAGCAGAGAAUCAACUUAAGUCAGAUGUCCAUGACACCAGGUUUUUUGGCUGGGAAACUUGGCGCUGGGGGUCCUCAUCUCACUGUGGUCAGCAAACCCGGGAUGGGUGUCCCAGCUGUUACCAUAGUAACCAAACCGUCAGGUCAGCAGACCAUGACUGCUAAGCCAGCCAUCAGGAUUUCUACAGGGACGUCCUUAAACUCUCUGAAUCAGAACCGCACGUUCCACCAGGUGGUGUCCACCUCAAGUAGCCACGCGGGUCCACAGCACACGAUUCAAUUCCAGCCACUUCAGAGUACCACCACCUCUCUUAUCACUAACCAAUCGAUGAAUCCGCUCAAACGCAAAAUGGAGGACGACUAUGAUAAUCCCUCUUGAUGAAGAUCCGGUUGUGAAGGAGAAAAAAUAAAUAUGAAGAUAGUGCUUAUCAACCUUAUUUGACUUAAGAGUUGUACAUUGAUAGUGUACUUUUCAGCCUCUUUUGUUAGAGAGCUGAUAACACAGUUGUACAGGAUUUACAGUAAUGUGUCGUGAUGUUUGAAUGGUGUUACAAUUAUCGGAGGGUUCUGUGUACAGUGUUAUGAUGAGAGGAGAAUACCCUGAAACUGAAAACUAGAGUAAAUGUUUGUCUAGUACAUACUGUUUAGUAAAGCUGUUGUAUACAGUAAUUGAGAUUUCUGUAUACUGUAAAUUCAAUACAUAUACAUAAAAUAGUACAUGUCUAUACAGUAUUUAUGUACAUGUAUUACAUGCAAUGUUAUUCUCUUUCAUAUUUUCAUUUACUUAUACAUUCUUUCCUUUGUGUAUGUAUCAAACUGUUGAAACUUUAAUUUAAUUUUGUUGUAUUUUUCAACAACUGAUAUUUAACUUGUGUUUUGGUACUGUGAAAUGAUGCCCGAGAGACAGAUUAUUGGUAUACAUGUAUAAGUUAAAUUAAGCAGGCUUAACUUUAUGCCCCUCUUCAAAGAAGGGAGGGUAUAUUGCUUUUCUGCUGUCCGUUUGUCUCUGUGUUGGUCGGUUGGUCCAUCAACAGUUUCCAUUCAUUUUCUUUACAGAGGUUGCACAUAUUGAAAUGAAAUACAGAUUAAUCGUAAGAAUAAUAAUAUCUAUGUCAAUUUCGAUUAUGGGUACGAUUGAGCAAUUUUUGACAGAGUUAUGCCCCUUGAAUGUAGAAAAGUUCCAAUUAUUUGCAGUUUCUGUUUUUCUUUGCAGAGGUUGCACUUACUGAAAUGAAAUUUGGAAGCCUUUACAGAUUUAUCAUAAUAAUAUCUAUGUCAAAUUUAAUUUUGGGUAUGAUCGUGCAAUUUUCAACAGUAAUCUUCUUUGGACAUAGAAAAAAUUUCGGAUUAUUUGCAGUUUCUGUUCAUUUUCUUUGCGGAUGUUACCAAGGGAGGGCGGCAUAAGUGUUUCAUAAACAUCUCUUGUUAAAUUUUAUUUCUAUUAAUAUCAUUCACAGUAUAUUUAAUGCUAUAUAUGAAUAAAACAUGGUUUAAACAUGAUAAA